AUGUGGGUCAACUGCAACGCUGCUGGUGACUCCAACGCGCCCCUCCCCGAUCUCAUCGAACUAGGUAUUCCUAAGCUCAGAGCCAGCCCCAGGUCCUCCUCCCCCCCCCGCCCCCGUCCCGUCCGCCCUCCUGAAAUCAUCUUCGACCCUGCGCAAUCGUACGACCUCCCCGAUUCCGACUCCAUCGUCCGAGAUUUGAGUACUAUCGACGCCAUCCUCUGUUUCACUAUUCCAUCACAUGCAAAGUACAACCCUGUUUUCGUGAGCUCCGCGGGUACGCUCGGUCCUCAACGGCCCGGCGUGUCUCAUCCUGACGAUGCCCUCCACCCCCAAAUCCACAUCGAUGGCCUGCCAAUUUAUGUAGUCCAUCUCCCCAACUCCCAGAAAUACCCCAAGGCGAGGGCAGAUGUCUACGGGGAUAGACCAUUGAGGAGGAGGGAAAGCCGAGGAUGCUUUUCCCAGGACACAACCAACCCACAACCUCGCCCCGCUCCUCACGAACCUAGGGCUCCUCGUGGCAUUUUCUCGAGGUCUCCUCUCUCCCUCCCCACACCCAUGUCAUCGGUCCCUCGUCCCCUUCAAUCCUUCGUAAAUCGUUUCCCCCCCGUCCUCCUCCCCGCGUCCGUCCGUCGCCCGGUCAGACCCGCCGAUCUUCUCUUGGUCGGCCUCUGCCGGCGGCUCGCUCCUCCUUGCUUCCCCGUCCCAAGCAGUGCCCCGUGCGGUGCGACGUGCCCUGGCCCCGUCACCUGUCACUCAUCCCAGCUAGGAGCCGUCCACGCGUUUGUGCCAUUGGCCGACCGCUCUCUGCUUUUCCCUCCUCCUCCCAUCGUAUUUUCCUUCUGCCUCCAGCCUGACUCUUCUUUAGCCUACGCCGACUCCGAGUCCGAGCAGGAGUCUCCAUCGCGUGCCACUGCCACUGCCACUGCCACCGCCACCGCCAAGUCUCCGUCCGAAAUCCUCUCCGGCGUGUACCGGGGCAUCAAAAAGUUUACCCCCUCUCGAGAAGAAAGCCUACGAAAGCCGUCCUUGCUCGGCCUGAGAAGUGUCACUCCCUCUAACAGUGCUUCCGCUCCCUCGUCCGCCAUCGACGCGAGACCCCCGAUACAUUUUCAGCAUGCUCGGAGCUUGAGUUUGCAGAGCAGUCUCGAAAAGCCCUUGCCCGUGCCCCCUUCCGAAAAGCCUGAUCUUUCCGAGACCGAGCAACAACAGCAACAACAGCAACAACAGCAACAACAGCAACAACAGCAACAACAGCAACAACAACAACAACAGCAACAACAACAAUACGGGGGAAGACAGAGUGGUUACAAUACAGACAUGUCUAGCAGCCAGGUCAGCUUGACCAGCUCAGCGCGGCAGGAUGGGGACGACAAGAGGGAUAACUCGUCCUCGAAAACCAACGGCAUCCCGUCGGCCGGCCCUUCGCCUUCCGCGAACCCGACAAGGGACGGUGCCGCUGCUUCCAACGGUUCCGCCCCAACUGGCGCGGGGGCGCCCUCAACAUCGUCCUCCGCUCACUUGUCAGGACUCAUGUGCAAUGUCCAUCGCACUACCGGCAAAGAGCCGCACGCUCUGGUAGGAGCCACUACCACGAUCCUGGGCGAUAAGCUUUACGUUUUCGGAGGCAGAGUUCUUUUGCGGAGUCGCCCGAAUCCGUUAACCUCCGACUUGUACGAGCUCGACCUUAUUCGGCGGCAUUGGACGAGGCUCGAGACGACUGGUGAUAUCCCACCGCCGCGAUAUUUCCAUUCCAUGUGCGCUCUAGGGGACACGAAGAUGGUCUGCUAUGGCGGCAUGUCCCCGACAACGGGUCAAUCCGGCGUGGCUGCUUCACAGGACCAGCAACCGGAAGUGACCGUCAUGUCAGAUAUCUACAUCUACGACGUCCCCACCAAACGAUGGACUUUUAUCCCGACUCAAGACGCGCCGCAAGGCCGAUAUGCGCAUUGCGCUUGCAUCCUCCCGUCGUCCGCCGCUUUCUCCUCCCCAAAGGCUCCCUUGUCCGCGCUCCAACACAACCCCUCUUCCGGAAACCCGAACGAAGGCAGAAUAGGAAUUUCCAUCGACGGCGGCGGAGGCGCAGAAAUGGUUGUUGUCGGUGGCCAAGACGGAGCUAAUCACUACAUCGAGCAGAUCAGCGUGUUCAACCUGCGCAGUUUGAAAUGGACGUCGACUCAACCUUUCCCCAAGAGUUGCGGCGCGUAUAGGAGCGUCGUCGCGCCUCUGCCCCCCUCAGUGACCUCGCGCAUCGGCAAGCCCAAUGUGAACGGGGCACACCGUGAAGGCGGAAUCAGCCAAGAGGCACGCGAGCCGGGUUCUUCCAUGUUGAUCUACUCCAACUACAACUUUCUCGACGUCAAGUUGGAGCUGCAGAUUAGAGGGCCGGACGGCUCCCUGUCGGAAAAGCCCAUGUCGGGAACAUACUCGCCGCCCGGUCUCCGAUUCCCGAACGGCGGUGUCAUCGACACUUACUUCGUGGUUAGCGGGACCUACCUGACGUCCUCCAAACAGGAGUACGCGCUAUGGGCACUGGACCUCAGGACAUUAUCGUGGUCACGUAUCGACGCGGGUGGGAAUGUCUUCAGUCAAGGAAGCUGGAAUCGCGGUGUGCUCUGGAACCGGCGGAACACCUUUGUGAUCCUCGGCAACAGAAAGCGUAGCCUAGUCGAUGACUACAAUCACCGACGCCUUAAUUUCUCCAACGUCUGCAUGGUCGAGCUAGAGGCUUUUGGUUUCUACGACAACCCGAGAAGGACGUCGCCCAUGUCCGGCUUCGUCUCUUCGAGCAGCCCUUGUACGGGCCCUGGCCUCAACCUUGCCCGGAAAACAGGCUGGACAGCCGGAGGGCGAUCUCAUUCUCGGGCGGCAGAGGAGCUGGGAGAAAAAGCGCUGGCUAUGCGAGAGUUGGCGGAUAUGGACAUCCUCUGCCUGCAUGGCGAGAGAAUCCCGGUGAACUCGAGGAUUGUGGCUAGACGCUGGGGCCCUUACUUCGUGCAGCUCCUUCGCGAAGGCGCGGCGACACAAGAUGGCAGCGAUGCCGUAACCCUCCGCAGCGCGUUCAGGAAUUCGGGCCUGACGAUCACGCCUUCGUCCCGGAGUGCUGCCGAAACCAACAGCCUCUCCAUGGGGAGCAACGGGGCGUCCUUCAUAAGCUCGACCGGGCAGCCACUGAGCACCGCUCCGUCCAGCGUCUCAGGACGGCCCUUCUCCCCGUCAGCCGGGACCGAUGCUCUUAACGUCAACCGGACACCGACCCCUCAAUCCUUGCCGCCCAGUUCGCGACCUCGAUGCCUUUACCUUCCUCAUACGUAUCUUACCAUACAGGCGCUCCUUCACUUCCUCUACACGUCAUCGCUGCCCCCACCCUCGUCGUCAUUAUGCACCCCUCCUAUCCUCUGCUCUUUGCUGCAAAUAGCGCGGCCGUAUCGGAUCGACGGCUUGCUCGAAGCCGUGGUCGAACGACUCCACGUCCUCCUCGAUUCUCGGAACGCCGCGGCCGUAUUCAACGCUACGGCCAUGGCUGCCGGUGGCGGACGCGGCAUCGAUGGUUCCCUCAAUCCCAACUUCUUCGUCUCGGCUCCCGAUUACGUCGACGCGUCCGAAGCUGGGCCGGGCGACGCAAACGGCGGCGCCGGAAGUGGCUCGGACGCCGGAGGCCUGCGCCUGAACACGGCCCUGCAGUCUAGCCGGCCGAGCAGGGAAGAGCUCAGCGCGACGACGAGUGCGAGCGGCUCCGAGUGGGGCUCCGAGGUCAGCGACUCGGAGGGAGGCGUGCGCGAGAUUUGGAGCGGCGAGCUCAGCGCGGUGAUCGGCCUGCAGAAGCGGGGUCUGCGGGGCUUGAUGGAGGGCAGGAGGAUGCGCGAGCGGACCGGGACCAACACGGGAGCUGGAGCCUACGGUGGCGCUGGCGGCCCAUCUCGGGUCGGUCUGGGGAUCGGUGGUUCUUCCUAG